AUGGCCGCAGACGUGGAUAAAACACCUCCCGGGGAUGAGAGCAACAUUUCGGCGCGGAGUGGGCAGCAGAAAUCGGGCUCUGGAUCGUGGAUCUCAAAGGCGCUUUGGACUCUGGUUAUAGUCGGUGCUGUCCCCGUUGUUGCUUUUGGGAUCAAGUAUUACCAGGACACCCAGCUCAUCAAACGUCAUGUGAGAUCCACAUCUGCGCGCACACACCUCAUGAUGUUACGUUUAUCUGAAUUUAAUGGUCUUAAGAUAUCUAAAGACACCUGGAGUCAGAAAACACACAAAGUUUGGACUGAUCUUUCAUGCACACAUUAAUACCUUUAAAUACAAGAGCAAGUCUAUUGUCAUCCUUCAGUAAUAGUCUCCUUAAAAGCUACAUACAUGUACAAAAACAUACAUCUGCUUAAGUGAUUAUUUGUCAGACAUCUGUCUCCACAAAACACCACCUCUGCAGUUUGUUCACCUCUUGGUGUUUUAUUAGAGGGGUGGGUCUGCUCCACAGCUGGUAAAACUCAACGUCUUGUUAAACUCCCCUCUUGUUUGGCUGCAAAGGGUUUCCUAAGUUGUUGCUGUAUUUCCCUCCCCCCUUCUCCCUCCAUUGUACAGGCACUGGUAGGCACGCAUCUGUCUGAGGAAGGGUGGUCUGAUUUAACACAUGCGGGGAAUUUGUGGCCUCUGGGCUGAUGUUAUCCAAACAGUUCCACUGAGAAUUAGUGGAAGUUGUGACACACGAGACCAAACCCAUGACAUUUUCUAUCUAAAAUGCAGGAUCAUGCGUGUUUGAUUCCUGAAUUUUAGUGUCUUUGCUGUCUCUAAAAAAGGUUCAGUCUAACAGCAUGUACCCCCCAAACAGGAGGACAGUGUCCGAACGCUGGGUGCCGAGGGGCUUUUCCUCUUCUCCUCCUUGGAUACAAAUCACGACCUCUAUCUAAGUCCAGAGGAGUUCAAGCCUAUUGCGGAGAAACUCACAGGUGCGUCACAUCCCUUAUUCAACCUGACGUCCUCUCUCACUUCAAUAUUUUUUCAUCUCUGUAGUCAAGAAUUAUAACCUCACACUGAAUGUGAUUUCUGUGGGUUGCUCGCAGGAAUUUCUCCCCCAGCGGAUUAUGAAGAGGAAGUGAUCCAUGACCCUAAUGGAGAGACUUUAACCCUGGGGGCAAAAAUGCAGCCGCUUCUGCUCGACUCCAUGACAAAAAGCAAAGAUGGCUUUCUUGGGGUAAGCACCGUCAUUGCCAUUAAGAUCUGACUUCCAUUAAGGACUGGAUGGCUCAUAACUUUCUGCAGCUAAACCCUGACAAGACUGAGAUCCUCAUUGUCGGGUUAGAUACCAUAGCUCACAAGGUUGUUCAGUGUAUUGGUUCCCUCUCUUCUGCUGUCCAGUCCAAAGUUAAAAAUCUCAGUUAUUUUCGAUCACUGCAUGAACUUCAAUGCUGUCCCGGUCAUGCUUCUUCCAUCUAUGUAACAUUGCUAAAAUUAAGUCUGUUGUGUCACAUUCUGAACUUGAAAUGAUCAUUCAUGCUUUUGUUUCUUCCUGCCUGGACUACUGUAAGUCACUUUUCACCUGUCUUAGUAAGUCCUCCCUCCAUCUCCUGCAAUUAGUCCAAAAUGCUGCUGCAAGACUGUUAACCAAUUCCAGCCGGACAACUCACAUCACCCCGAUUCUGUGUUCCCUUCAUUGGUCAUUCAGGAUUAACUUCAAGGUUCUUGUUUUUGUAUAUCGAGCUCUACACGGUCAGGCCCCAGAAUAUAUUGCUGACAUGCUUCACCCCUAUAUUCCGCAUAGAUCCCUCGGACUCAUCGAAAAACAAGAGGUGACACCAUUUUUGAAGUGGUGGCUCCAACACUGUGGAACAAUUUACCUGCUGAUAUUCGUUCAGCUGUUUCCACUGUGACUUUUAAAAAGCUUUUAAAGACUCACUUAUUUAAACAGGCCUUUAAUCCCCCCCCCCCCCCCCACGGUUUAAACUCAUGCUCUGUUUAUGCCAUUUUUUUAUUAAAGUUCUUUGAUUUUACUUGAUGUUUAUGAUUGUAUUUUAAAUUUUUUACUGUGAAGCACUUUGUGAAUCUUUUCUACAAAAGCUGCUUUAUGAAAUUAGAUUAGAUUUUACUUACUUGAAGACGUGGUAAAGGCCUAUUGUGAUAUAAGACACACAAAAGCCUUAAACACUGUGAUUACAUUAUGAAUGACUACGCAGCUCCUCACUCUUCUCUGUUUUUUGUUUUGAGACCUACUUUUACACAUUUAGAAGUGGGACAUUGAUUCGAUAUCACCCCUGCAGGUGUCUCACAGCUCUCUGAGUGGGCUGCGCUCAUGGAGGAGCCCAGCAGUGCCUUCCUCUUCUUUCUCCGCCAGCCAGUUUAGAGUUUUCCUUCCCCCGAAAAAUAAAGUGGAAGUUGGAGACACAUGGUGGAUGAUCCCCAGUGAGCUCAACAUCUUCACCGGGUACCUACCCAACAAUCGCUACCACCCUCCCACACCGAAGGGCAAAGAGGUAUCCCAGAGUUUCAGUGCUGAUUGGGUCAACAGUUGUCAUAAUAAUACAGUUUAUUAAUGGCUGUUUUUUUUUUUUGUUUUGCUUCUACAGGUUCUUAUUCACUCCUUGCUGAGUAUGUUCCACCCUCGCCCCUUCGUCAAGUCACGUUUUGCUCCUCAGGGCGCUGUCGCCUGCAUCCGUGCCAGCAGCGACUUUUAUUACGACAUCGUCUUCAGGUGAGAAGACAUAAAAGACUGGAGCGGUGCCCUUUUCUCCUUUCAGCCCAUUAACUGUUAAAUUAUGCAUACUUUACAUUAGUGCUGACAAGUAUACAGCACAUACUAUGAAUGUUAAUGAGGAGGCCCUUCCUGGCAGGCAGCCAUUGGUUUCAGUUUUAAAGCUGCCUUGCAUAUAUUGUAUUUCCAGCGUACGGUGUGUGCAGCACUUGCACUUCCUCUGAGGGAGUUGGAGACUGACUUUCAAAGGCUAAACCCAGACUGACCUGGAAAUGACAGAAACGUUCUGAGCGCAGCUUUCUUUCUUUCUUUCUGUUUGCCUCUGCAGGAUUCACGCAGAGUUUCAGCUCAACGAUGUCCCAGACUUCCCCUUCUGGUUCACCCCGGGCCAGUUCACUGGAAACGUUAUUCUGUCGAAAGAUGCAUCUCAUGUCCGACACUUUCACCUCUAUGUCCCCAAUGACAGGUACAGCUUUUAUCCCCUCUGCAGUUUGUGUAGUAUCAAAUCGCCGAUACUGCAGCUCAAGUGUGAUGUGUCCUGAUGUGUUCUAGGUCUCUGAACGUGGACAUGGAGUGGCUUUACGGGGCAAGUGAGAGCAGCAACAUGGAGGUGGACAUUGGAUAUCUGCCCCAGGUACAGCUGGAGAGAUGUUGGUUGUAGGAGGAUGAAUGGAUUAGGCAAACUAGAGCACACUCUGGGUGUUGACUCUUACUUUUUUGCUGUCCCUGUUUCAAUAAAUCUUUUCAUCACAGUUGGAGCUGCAGUCCACAGGCCCCUCCACACCCUCUGUCAUCAUGGACGAGGAGGGCAACAUCAUCGACAGGAGAGACGGCAGCAGCGAACCCAUCCAGUUCGUCUUUGAGGAAAUUCACUGGACCUCAGAGAUCAGCCGGCAAGAAGCCGCUCGACGCCUCGAUGUCACUCUCUACCCCUUCAAGAAGGUAAUCAUCCCGGCGUUUUCUUGUCACACCGUUAGCUUUAACUCAACCACGUCACUGCUCUCAAUGCUUUGCCUCCCAGGUAUCCUACCUGCCGUUUUCUGAGGCCUUUGAGCGAGCUGAAGCAGAGAAGAAACUGGUGCAUUCAAUUCUGCUUUGGGGAGCGUUAGAUGACCAGUCCUGCUGA